GCUCCCAGUUGACUACUACUGAUAACAAUCACACCAGCGUGGUUGUAUUCAGUGAAGUUAAAACAAUGAUAGUUUACCCAAAGACCACUAAACAAGCUAAAAAUACAAAUCCAAUGUGCUUGCCAUGUGAUACAGCCCACCACUUGCUGUACUGCUUAGGUGAGUUUAAUCCUAGUUAUAAAACAAUAAACCUUUUUUGUGCGAUCCCUUAUUUUCAGCAGGAAUGGAGACUGGCAAGCAUAUUUUACUCAUUGAUCGGUCGAUUGAUAGCAGAUAAAGGCCUGCAAGGAGGAGUUGAAACAGUUUGAAAUAUGAAUGAAUCAAGGAAAAAGAGUAGAUUUUUGGAAGACAGUUGAUGAGCCUGAAAUGGCAGAUUCUUCUUCCUCUGCAGCAGGUGCAGCAUCAGCAUUUACAAAUCAUAGCUUCAAUGUGAACAUGCUCCAAGACCAAGAUUACCCUUCUGCGUCACCACCACCACCACCACCACCACCAACACCACUUACUCCUGCUCCUCCUCAAUGCCAAUCAUUGAUAAACUUAGUAAAUGAAAUAGCUCAGAUUGAUCAUUACAGGAAAACCCAGAAGAAGGACUGCUUAACUCUAGUAAGAAGAAUUAAAUUACUACUGCCUCUUUUUGAGGAAUUAAAAGACAUGCACCAUGGAAUAGGAUCUCUGCCUCAGGAUGCUCUCCCCUGCAUUUCUUCCUUGGAAAAGGCUCUGCAAUCUGCUCUGACUCUACUUCAACUCUGUCAUGAUGGCAGCAAACUCUAUCUGGUUUUGGAGAGCGAAGCAAUCUCAGGAAGGUUUCGGGAAUUAACUGAGGAACUGAAUCGAGCUCUAGAUGGCUUGCCCUAUGAUUUACUAAAAGUUUCUGAUGAAGUAAAAGAACAGGUUGAACUAAUGCACCUCCAAUUAAAGAGAUCCAAGGGAAGAGCUGAUACACAAGAUAUUGAGCUUUUCAUGGAUAUCAUGAUUGCCCUUUCACACAAGGACGGUAGAAAUGCAGAUUCUGCUGUUUUAGAAAGGCUAGCAGACAAACUGCAGCUAUCAACAAUUUCUGAUUUAACAACAGAGUCAAGGGCAGUGAAAGAUCUCUUGAAAGAAAGAGGUGGUGAGAUGGGUGAAACUGCUGAACAUAUUAUUUAUCUUCUGAAAAAGAUGAAAGGUAUUCAGGAGAUUGGGAGCCUGGAAGAAGAUAAGUAUGGUGUUGAAUGUCUUGCUUUAGAGACUACUUCCCCUACUGUUCCAGAAGAUUUCCGUUGCCCAAUUUCAUUAGAGUUGAUGAAAGAUCCUGUUAUUGUUGCUACAGGACAGACGUAUGACCGAUUAUUUAUUCAGAAAUGGUUUGAUUCAGGCCACAAAACAUGCCCCAAGACUCAGCAAGUCUUGCCUCACAUAAUUUUGACACCAAAUUAUGUGCUUCGAAGCUUGAUUGCUCAAUGGUGUGAAACUCACGGUGUUGAAGUACCAAGUAAAGCAGGUCCCAGUGGCUCCAGUGUAUGCAGUAACAGCUCUAAUGUUUGUUUUGAAGAUCAAAGAGGUAUAGACAUUUUGGUUCAGAAACUUUCUUGUAGAGAGACAGAUGUGCAAAGAGCUGCUGCAGAAGAAAUUCGAUUACUUGCAAAGAGAAAUUCAGAUAACAGGAUUUUAAUUGCAGAGGCAGGAGCUAUUCCACACUUGGUGAAGUUGUUAUCAUCAACUGAUGCGAAGAUUCAGGAGCAUGCCGUGACUGCACUUCUAAAUUUAUCUAUUCAUAGUAGUAACAAAGGAUUGAUUGUUCAGGCAGGGGCUAUCAGUUAUGUAAUAGAAGUCUUAAAGCAUGGUAGUAUGGAAGCAAGAGAAAAUGCUGCUGCAACUCUUUUUAGCUUAUCUGUUGUGGAUGAGAACAAGAUUACAAUUGGAGCUUCUGGGGCCAUCCCUCCUUUGGUUGAUCUACUACGUGAUGGAACACCAAGAGGGAAAAAGGAUGCUGCUACUGCCCUUUUCAAUUUAUCAAUUUAUCAAGGAAACAAAUCUAGGGCUGUUCGGGCUGGAGUUGUCCCUCCUCUAAUGGCAUUGCUUGUCGACCAAAAUAUUGGAAUGGUGGAUGAGGCUCUUGCUAUUCUUGCAAUACUUGCUACUCAUCAAGAAGGUAGGAUUACUAUAGGAAAGCAAUCUGCUAUUCAUAUUCUUGUUGAUUUGAUCCAUUCAGGCUCGGCUCGCAACAAAGAGAAUGCUGCUGCUGUUUUGCUUGCCUUGGGCAUAAAUGACUCCUCACAUUUAUUGACAGCAUUGCAGCUUGGUAUAUAUAAGGACUUAGUUGAACUUUCUCGAAAUGGCACUGCUAGAGCCAGACGAAAGGCAACUACUCUUCUAGAUCUCAUGAGUAAACAAGAACAUGUUCCAUAAGUUUGAAUGUUUGUCAUUUUGUCCCCAUUAUACACCAAACAGCUGAACUCAUAUUGCAUAUGAAAACAUCAUGCUCCAUUUGUAAUUGGGCAUCAUUUUGGUACUACUAAAUGAGCAAAGAUUUUUUGGUAUUACCAUAGGAGCAAAAUUACCUGACAGAAUGAAAAUUUUGGGACCUGAGACAUUUUCCUUAGGUGGGUUUUCUGGUUCUUUGAUAGUCCGACUAUCAAUGGAUAUCUAUCAGCCUUGAUGGAUCUUAACUCUGCUUAGAUACUUGGAUUCAAGGUUACAUGUAUUUAAAUGGGGCACAUGGUUCUGAGUUGUAGUGUGUUCUGCCAAACUUUUAUCUGCUGUCUGUUCAAGUAUUGUACAUACCCUGCUUUUCCAAGCCGAAACAAAUUUCUAACAUCAGGACCAAUCCUGUGUUUCUGUUCUCAUCUAUCCUACAACAUACAGCAACUUUAAAAUGAAUGGAGAAUUAAGAUUGUAUAGUUCAGAGGAAUGAUGCUGUUUAUACAACUUGAGAUGUCUAUGAUAGAUGAGAUGCAAAGAACUGAUGGCUGCUUCAUCCAAGUCAGAUGGGGCGAAUGCUGAUUAGUUUUAUCAUGCACUGAGAGAGAAAUAUGAGGAAGAAAAUCAUUGUAUUCAAUGGAAUCUGGAUGUUCUCAAAGAAGAUAAAGUCACCAGGCUAAUAUGCCAUUUGCAUUAAUCAAAUUAGAGUAAUGCAAUUUUAUAGAGUCUAAUAUUUAGAUGCAGCUCAUUACGUUGGUUACUUUUGUGAUCACUCAAAUGUAAACUGUGUUCCCUAAUGCUAAUUUUAUCACUGUCUCUCAA